CCAGUACUGGCUCUUCUUCGGGAACACAGAGUCUGCUUUCUGUCUCUCUUUCUUUAUAAACCAAAUUUAUCCUUCUUACUCGUGUCAGUCCUUGGUAUUUCAAGUAUUUUCACUUUGAUUACUUGAAUUGCUUAGGUUGUCUUUUUAAACAUCAGAUCGUCUUUUCGCUUAGAGUUUUUCAUUCAUUUUCUACUCAUUUAUAAAUAACGUAAAUAUUCUUAAGGAUCGACUGAUUUUUGUGAAGAAAUCGAUUGGAGAUCUCUUGUUUUGUCCUCAAAAGGAAGGAUUUUUUUGGGUUUCUUUCCCCCUACGAAGCUCUAAAAUGCCCAAUGACAAGAAGGCCGGUUCUAGAAUUGAGAUGAAAAGCCUGAACGCUCCUCAAGACGACGACAGCUGCAGCUCCAACAGCAACGACUUUGCGUACCCUGACUUUCCCAAGAAGAUUCCUCUCAAUGGGCAAUACCCAGAUGCAGAUCCAGAGAGUCAAAACUUCCUCUCUGAUCAUAACCCAAGCAAGAAGAAGUAUGAAACUGAAUAUCACCAGGGCAAUGCCUCCUUCGGCAUGUCCGUCUUCAACCUGGGCAAUGCCAUCAUGGGCAGCGGCAUCCUGGGUCUGUCCUUUGCCAUGGCCAACACCGGCAUCGCCCUGUUUGUGUUUCUCCUGGUUUCCGUUGCCAUUUUCUCCUUGUAUUCUGUCCACUUGUUGCUGAAGACAGCCGAUGAAGCAGGUGCUCUUGUUUAUGAGUCACUGGGUUACAAGGCCUUUGGGAUCCCAGGCAAACUGGCUGCUUCCUGCUCCAUCACCAUGCAGAACAUUGGAGCCAUGUCAAGCUACCUCUACAUCAUCAAAAAAGAACUCCCCAUUGUCAUUCAGUCCUUUACUGGAGCAAAUGAUGGUGAAUGGUACAUCAAUGAAGAUUACCUUGUGAUUCUGGUCUCAAUUAUUGUUAUCCUGCCUCUCUCGCUGCUCCGGAACCUAGGUUACCUUGGUUACACCAGUGGUCUCUCUCUGCUCUGCAUGGUGUUUUUUCUGAUUGUGGUGAUCAUAAAGAAGUUCCAGAUCCCAUGCCCUCUGCCUCUUCCUGACACUGGAAAUGAAACCAUGAAUAUGUUCAACAUCACCCCCUCUCUGUCAUAUUUCUGUUCAGUCCAUGUGGGACCUGAGCUGCUCCACACCUACUCAAACUACUACAAGUACGAUAUUCUCCUGCUGGUUGUUCGCCUGGCUGUGCUGGCCGCUGUCACACUCACAGUUCCUGUGGUGCUCUUCCCUAUUCGUACCUCAGUCGGCCACCUGCUGUUCCCAAGAAAAGACUUCAGCUGGAUCCGUCACGCUAUCAUCACCCUGACCCUGUUAACAGGAACCAACAUUCUGGUCAUCUUUGUCCCGAGCAUCAGAGAUAUUUUUGGCUUUAUUGGUGCCUCUGCUGCUGCAAUGCUGAUCUUCAUCCUGCCCUCAGCUUUCUAUAUCAAACUGGUUAAGAAGGAGUCAAUGAAAUCCAUGAAGAAGAUUGGAGCUACGAUGUUCCUGAUAUUAGGAUUUGUUGUCAUGAUUGGCUGCAUGUCUCUUAUCAUCUACGACUGGAUCGUGAACUCUAUGAAAGACAAAGGUCACUGAAGCUCCAGCUCUUCUGCUGGCGGAGGGGGAAGCUUUCAGAGUCGGACUGCAACAAACACACAGCCAACAAAACCAGUGUGACGAACAAAACAAACCACAAAGACUCACUUGAUGCUCGGCUCUGGCUUUCUGAGCAAUGGACCGUACCAUUCCAAGAGAAUAUAUCUGAACUCUGUACAUUUUGCUGUUCUAGACCACAAAGAUGGUGUUUCCCUCUUUUUAUCAUAACUUUUGAAAUAGUCUUUUGCUUUUUACUUUUUUUCUGUUUCAUUAUUGUGGUACAGCUGUAAACAAAAAGGCCUCAAAACACAGACUGAAAAUUUGUAGAGUUUCAAACACAGCUUCCUCUCAGGUACAGUGUUAUUCGUGGGAGAGUGUAGCUGUGAACUCUGACCUCAGAGAGAACAUCCUUCUUAACGAAGUACGUGAAUCUCCCAAAAACUGAAACGAAGCCACGGGACUUGAAACUUCACGGACAAUUUAGUUUCCUUCGACCUUCGCUUUCUGUUUUUGUUCAACUUUACCAAAAACGUGUCUGAAGCUUCUUUGUAUAUUCAAAAGCACUUAUAGCUGAGGCCAUUUGUCAGUUUUCACCUAAACGGCACCUUGUUCAGUAUUUCUAAAGUCCUUUGAUUUCGCUCAUAGUGUCAGCUAGCGAAUCUGUGAACAGAACCAGACACUGGGAGGUCUGCAAUAGAUCUUGUUUGAUGGGCGUGUGCAGCAACGACACUACUGCUUCGGGAAGGCCGCCAAGCCUUCCGUUUCCAUCCAGCCCCCCCAACUCCUGAGCAGGGGCCACGGAGGGAAACCUAGAAUGUUUUUUUUCUUUAUGGGAGAAUGCUUUGAAUUUGACCACAUACAGUGGUUGUAAUAAUAUACUUGUUACACUUGUUAAACCGCAACAGCUUCAGCCGUACGAAGUCAGGUGCACUCCUAAACACC